AAGAUGCCAUGAUAAGGACAAGUAUGGUAAAUAACAAAAAGUGUCUCUGUCUCAUCCAAAUGUUCGAGCAACUCGUGCAAAUCAUUGGCUCAAAAGAUAUAUCAAAAGAAGUCGAGUUCGUCACAAAUUUAUUACAGAAAGAGCAAACUUCAAGAGACAUUCUUGCAGACUGCAAGUCGAACAUUAAUCGACUGAGAGAAAAGGAAUGCGUGAUACUUGUAGCAGGUGAAACCUCAGCCGGGAAAUCAAGUUUUUUGAACCUGCUUCUAGGAAGUGAAUUUCUACCUACAUACACGUGCAGCUGUACGUCGUUCAUUACAACACUAAGAUAUGGACCGCAAAAGGAAGCUAGAAUCAUUUACGGAGGCCCGAAAUCAAAAGUAGAUGUAAUUAAAAAUCUAGACAAAGAAGGAAUGGAAAGGUUAUAUGAAAUAACAUUCAUGAAAGAAAAAGAGAGAGAAGCUCAUAAUGUGAAGGAAGUUCAAGUCUAUUUGCCACAAGAACUUCUAAAGUGUGGAAUUGUUCUUGCUGAAACUCCAUUUAUAGGAGAAAAUGAAAUUCUUGAACAAUAUGUGAUGGACUUCAUAUCUAACAAUCAGAUCCUUGGAUUAAUUUACAUCAUCUGUUCAGAUUUUGAAGGUGGAAUAAAAGGAUACAGAGGACUUCUACUUUUACUGAAAAUGAUUAUUGAGCAACAAAAGAAUGACAGCAAAGCUUUGAAAUUCAAUCCAAAUGAUGCGUUAAUUCUGGCAAACAAGUUUGAUGCGGUACAAGAAGAAGAUCGAGAGAAGGUCAAACGGAAUAUCCUUGAUCAGCUGGGAAAAUACUGGCCAGAGUUUGAUGAAUCUAUGACUGUAUUCUUUUCGACAAAGACAGCGUUAAGGGAUGUUGCCGUGCACCCGGGCUUCGUAAAUGAUGACUACAAAACAUUGCUUUUGUCCAUAAGCAAUCUCUUUUCACUAGCCAUGGACAGGAGAAUCAAGACUUCUGACAAAUGGAUCAGAACGGUUUUACAGAGGUUAAACCACUUCUUGAAGACCGUAACAAUACUAGACAUGACACAAAGAGACCAUCAAGAUUAUGCAGUAAAUCAGCAGAUGAGGCUUCAAAACCUUAAAGAACGGUCAAAUGAUGUUGUAAGUGAACUUCUGGCAGAUAUAUCAGAACGUAGUGAGCAUAUUUUUCGAGAAAUUCAAAAGUAUCUCUCCACCCCUCAAGCAAAACUUCUCCUAUGUUCGGUUUGGAAACCAGACGAAAUUCCAAAAUUAGAAGAAAAAAUAACAGACGUUAAUCGUUGGCUAUGGGUAAAACAGCGUGUAGAUGAUGCUUUCUUCGACAGGUUAUGUAACGCUAUUGAAGACUGGAAUGACAAAGAGAGCACAGUUUCAUACAUUAUAACUGAAAUUGUUGAAAAUGGUAAAUCAAAACUUGGAAUUUUGCAAAAUGAAAUUGCAAAUGUUGAACAUGACUUGAGAUGCCCGCGUCGGUCAUAUAACGGUUUAAAAAAUUUACGAAGAGCUCUCAGACUGCCUGUUAUUCUUCCUAGAGGGCAACUGAUUGAAGAACCAUUGAAGUUCGCUUUGCAUAUGCAGCAUCCGGUUACAAACAACCCUUUUGAGAAAAUGAGACAUAGGAGAAAAGCAGGUAGCUUUGAAAGAGACACCCAAGCUUGGACAAGCAAGAGGGCGGAAAGAUUGAUGUGGAAACUUUUGGCAAACAAACCAAAAGACAUUUCAGAAGUUGGUUUGUUGACGAAGCUUGUUGACCAGUUGAUGCGACGUCCAAGAGACAUUGUAGAGAGAUUAAAGCAACGCAUUCAAUGCAUCAUUGACACUAAUAUUGAACUUCUCAAUUCUAUUCAGAAUUUGGUGGUAACACAAAGAAGAGGCGCAAAUAAGUACGAAGAGAUGAUGGUCCUUAUAGAGGGGCUUAAAGAAUCACUGAUUUAUAUAUUUGUACACGACUUUGAAUCAAACGAAUUAAAAGUAUUACAAGAUUCUCCUGCUGGACAGAGUCUUGCACAGACAUUCCGAUUCUUCAGUGAGCUUGUAACAGGAGGUUCUUCAAAUAAAGGUCAAGAAGUAACAAAUCUUCCACUAGGUACUUGGACAAUUGUUCGUCAAGGCACUCUCAAAAGAGACGGAAAAGCGACACCAGUUUCAAUUAAAAUGUACAUGCCCUCGUCCGGAAUAAGCCACACUUUCCAAGAGGUUGCCAAAAUGAGAUGCCUUCUUAACAAACGUGUGUACUUAGCAGAAUUUUUAGGUAUUUAUCAUAUAGAAGCUGUUACUCCUGCAUAUAUAUUUGAUGGACAUUUACUGCCAUUACACCAAUAUGCAACUGAAGCUGCAAAUUUCAGAAAUUGCCUUCCAAUAUUGCUUAGAGAAAUAGCAGAUGGGGUACAUUAUCUACACUCGAAAGGAAUGGUUCAUAUGAUGUUGAAAAAAUCCACAGUAACGGUGACAGAAUCCGGUGAGGUUCGCUUGACUGGGGCUUGUGUUCCUAGGCAUGCCACACUGCCGCUUGAGAAAGAAAUCCCUGUGUCUGACUUUGUUUACCUCGCACCUGAAGUUCUGAGAAAAGAGCUUUAUAUAACAUCAGCUGACGUAUAUGGAUAUGGCUUACUUGUGUAUGAAUUGUUAUGUGAAAGGGAAGCCUUUCAAGAACAACGAAAGUCCACUUUAAAAGACUUUGCGGAACGAGUAAAUCCUGAGAAAAUGCUUCACCUGCUCACACAUAUUAGUGCAUGUCUAACGGAAGGUACGAUAAAAUUGAUAACUCAAUGUGUGCAGAUAUCAGAAGACGAUAGACCAAACAUGCACGUAGUGAUAGAAAUGCUUAAGGGAAACUUUAGAAAAGAGGUAACUAGAAGAAGACCCGAAAUGCACACACCGGUGAAACUUUUCCGAAGGCCGAGAAAAUGUGAAAAAAACACACAUUAAUAUUUACCCAAGUUACACAUUUAGAUAUGUAGGUAAAUAAACGUUCAAGUGUCUUACCCAUCAUAAUUUGGAUGGAAAUGAAAAAUCUUAAAUUACAAAUGCACAUAAAAACCAAGUAAAUUGUAUUCUUUCAGUAAAUGUGAAUUGACAGUUGUGUUUACAUCAUUACAUUGUAAAUUCAAACAACAUUACUCUGUUAGAUUACACAACAUCAAAAUGUAAGUGAACAUGGCAUUGUAGUAUAGCAUUGUACAGCAUUUCACAACAUAGCAUUGACAGUUUAUAGAUCAUUACAUUUUGAGUUGACACACCAUAAUAGUGUUAGCUUUGAAAGUGAAGACAACAUUGUGGGUGUAUUCAACAUUACAUUGCGUUUUAACAUUACAUUUUGGGUUGUGUUAGUACAUUGACAUUGUUCCUCCUACACAUUCUAUGUACUAUGCAUAUAUCAAUAUCUAGUAUUAGCAUAAAAAAUUGCUUGCUUUGUCUAUCACAUUUAAUGAUAUGUAUUGUAAGUGGUGAUAUUAUUUCAUGUAUGAAACGCGAUCAUUUAAGAUCAAUCAGACCGAAGAAUUGAUAUAUAUGUAGAUUGCGUAACCAUUUGAGGGAAUUAUAUUUUUAGCACACUUUCAUUGUCAUGUGUUUAAGAAAAACAGUAUUUGCAUUUUUCAUUUCUUAAAUCUUUUGUUUUAUUUUAAGCAUUGUACGUGUAGGAAGAUACAACAUAUAAGUGUAUGUUUUGUUCUGUUUGUUUGUUUGUUUGCAUAUGUUUGUUUGUUGAUUUUUGAUUUCAUAACCGGGAUAAACAAGAAAAAUAGAUAAAGACAGUAAAAUAACUGAACAUUCGCCUCAUGAACAGACUCAAUUUUAUAUGUUAUGGGUUUCUCAUUAUGUAAUGGUUUACUCUCUCUGUAUCAAUGAUUUUAACUUUCUGUGUUUCAAAUUUGUUAAAUGUUACUUUGUGGAUAUUUUUGCAGAUCUUUGACAUAGUCAUUCUUUUGUGAACACUAUUGAUUGCA